GUCGUCUUCCCCAGCUUUUUCAUUUUUUGGGUUUUGUAACCCUUGUUGCAGGCGGCUGAAGCUACUCGGAUCUCUCUUCUCAAUUUCUCCUUUUGUAGAAUUGAACUAGGAGGAAGGAAGUCAUGUGGUUCAGAAUAGGCACUUCACGUGCAGUGCAGAGAUAAAGUAAUUCUUUUUAAAAAAGUAGAGAGACCCGUGAGCUCUCACUUGCACGUACGUGACACGUGAGCAUGAUUGGACAUUAGAGACGAGACGAAGCUGCCCUCUUUCCUCCUUCCAUUACUGUACUGAACUGAGCUAAGUUACAGUGUUCUUAAGGUACAACAACGUCCUAAUCCACAGUUUCUUUUCUUGGGGGUUCUUGAAAUUAAAGAAAAAAAGGGUACUUUCUUUUCAGGUCAUUGCUACUUCUUUAAGUUCUUCUUAUAGACAAAAUUUUCCUGCUAAAAGCUUGGUUGGGGGCAUCCUCAGUGUUUUAUUUUCGUCCCUUCUCUUGUCUGUAUUAUUAAGAGACAGCCAAAUCUGCUUUGUCGGUAAAGUUUAGGAUUUAAUGGCUACUUUUAAUACUGUUAAAGAUGCGGUGAAGCUCUUUGACGCUGGUUUCUCUGGAGGAAAACCUCUCAGCAAGAGACAAGAACAGGGAGUGUUGGUGGAUGAGACAAACCUCUGUCUCUGGAACAGAGAGGUUAAUAAGUUGAAGGAAAAGAUAAAGAAUGCUGAGAAGACCAAGAGUGAGGCUUUGUUAGAGCUUGAGGAAGCUAAGAAAACGGUUGAGCAUCUCAGUCAGAAGCUGGGAAUUAAGCAGAAUGUGGGAAGUGGUGAGAAAGAUUUAGAUUUGAGUACUAGUGUGAGAGGUGUGACUACAGAGUUGGGCUUUGCUAAGGAAUCGAUUCAUAGAGUAGCUGAAGAGGAGAGUGAACUGUGUAUGUUAAUGGAGUCUCUUAACCUCGAGCUUCAAAAAGUGGAGAAAGAACAUUCAGAGCUUAAAGAGAGUGAGCAAAGAGAGAGGGAUCAAGCCAUUGAGAAGCUAAAAAAGGAAACCAAAGAUGCAAAGACCGAACUGAAGCUGUUAGAAGAAGAGCUAAAGAUUGCUCUUUUCGAGGCUCAAGAAGCAGAAGCAGCGGAGAAACAGGCCAGGGAACAGUUAAAUGUUGCAGUUUUACAAUCCGAUUUCAGAUCAUCAUCAGCUGAGGUGAAAGAAAGUGGUGCUGAAGAAUUAACUGAGACAGAAGCGUUAAGAGCUUGUAGAGAUGAAACACUCAAGACAUUAGAGAUGAGUGAGAGAGAGAUUGAAGAUAUAAAAGCAGCAACACAAGAUGCCUUGAAGAAAGCUGAGAUGGCUCAAGAAGCUACAAUUGUGGUGGAUGUAGAGCUUAAACGAAGGCGUAAAGCAGCGAGUAGGAUCUUGGCAGAAUCCAAAAUGUGUGCCAAAUCAACAAAGGAAGUGCUCAAGUCAAAACCGAGAUCAUCGUCAAAAGAAGGUUGUUUGGUCAAGUGUUAGACAGAAGAAUCUCUAAUCACUUUUGUAAUUGUAAUAAUCUGUAACUCAUAAUAAGGAGAAGAAGUGUCACUUUGUUGGUAGUGGUCAAAGUUGUAAGCGUUAACUAAUAUAAGGUUGUGUGGUUCGAUCA